ACAGCCACCUCCGGAUAACAUCUUCAUUUUAACCUCUUUACUAAAGACUCAACAGCUCCCUUCUCCACGCUCAGAGGACGGAGACGGCGCCGAGGUGUAUGGAGGACAUCUUCUUCUACCGGACUUUUAGGCUCGUCACUGUCUGAAAACGUGACUGGAAUGUAACUCGCUCACAUUUGGCCAAGCUGUCCACAUUUCCUUCAGAAUAACGAUGCUGCCUGAACCUCUUUCAACUCGGACCUCCUAAUAAAUUGGUGACUCUUACCUUCUGGGAAUAUGGGGACACUUGACCGUCUUGCAGUCAGUCAGUGGGUCCAGCUGAAUGGCUCCUUGGGUAUGUUGGCCAACACUUCGCCGACAGCCCCUCUCCCAGAGCCAGCAGCUUCUCCAAAAGACACCCUAAUUACAUGUGUUCUGGGAACAGUCCUGAUCCUCAUGUUUGUGGUCGGCGUGUUCGGAAACGUGUACACCUUGGUGGUGAUGAAUAUCUCUGUCCGCGUCACCGGAACCAUGUAUGUCUACAUCGUGAACUUGGCCCUGGCCGACCUGCUCUACCUGGCCACUGUGCCUUUCGUGGUGUGCACCUAUUUUGCUAAGGACUGGUAUUUUGGUGACGUGGGCUGUCGGAUCCUUUUCAGCCUCGACUUCCUCACCAUGCACGCCAGCAUCUUCAUCCUGACCGUGAUGAGUACCGAGAGGUACCUGGCCGUGGUGAACCCUCUAGACACUCUGGCCCGGGCCAGGCGCUGCAGGAGAGCUGUGGCAUGGGCCGUGUGGCUUGCCUCAUUCGUCCUCGCCCUUCCCACCAUGAUCAUGAUCGACUUGAGGAAGCAUGUGCAGGAUGGUGUGGAGAAGCGCAUGUGCCACCCCACCUGGCAACUCACAGCCUACAAGGUGUACCUGACCGUGCUCUUCAACACCUGCAUCCUGGCUCCUGGAUGCAUCAUUGGUUACCUGUAUCUCAAACUGGCCAGGACUUACUGGCUCUCCCAAACCACUGUGUUCUCAUCCAAAGAAAUGAAUACGUGUCCCAAACAAAAGGUGCUCUACAUGAUCUUUGGUAUAGUUCUCACUUACUGGGCAUGCUUCUUGCCUUUCUGGUUGUGGCAGUUACUCAGUAUCUAUUAUUUUGGACCUGGGAAGUUGUCCCGUAGUACAAUGGUGUACAUAAACUUUGUGGUGACCUGUCUGGCUUAUAGCAACAGCUGCAUCAACCCCUUCCUUUACACAUUGUUGACCAGAAAUUAUCAGGAGUACUUGAAAGAGAGGCAAAAGAGCAGUGCAGUGUUUAAGAAGCGGUUCCGUCACUCGUCUCAGAGGUCUGUGUCGUCUGGGAGUCACCAGUUUACAAAUGUUUCAUGCAGUACACAACAAAAUGGUGUUCUGGAUGCUUAUACCAAGCUCUGA